AUGCCAUCAAGUCUAAUUUUCAUCACCGGGGCAAUUGGCUUUAUUGGCAGUGUGACUACUCGUGAGGCAUUCGUUUUGAUGUCUGACUUCACACACGAAUCUUCUUUUUCUGGGAAGCUCAAUGGAGUAUAUUAUGUCCUCCAUAUGGCCUCCCCUAUUGCAGCGCCAGGUCCGGAUGCUACCAAUAAGGAGACAUACUUCAAACCCGCAGCUAAUGGCACAAUCGCUAUAUUGAAGGCAGCAGCAAAAAUCCCCAGCAUCAAUAAAGUCAUUGUCACAUCAUCGAUUCUUGCUUUGGUUCCUAUGUCCGGUGUACCGAAUGGAGAAACCCUUCACGAUUUCUCAACUGCAAUGAACAUGUAUCAUCCUUCCAAGAUCGUUGCUAACAAUGCUUCUUGGAAAUUCAAGAAAACAGCCUCUUCAGCAUUUCUACUCUCAGUCCACAUCUUAGACGUGGCAGAGGCACACAUCAGAACCCUCGAUGACAAGGUAGCCAAUGGCUCGAAAUAUAUUCUCACAGCUGGGAAACACACAUGGAUUGAUGUUGUAGCCCUCCUGAAGAAAUGA